UAUCCCACCAUGCGCCGCGCGCAGUUUUCUUUCCUCCCAUCAUGCACCGCUUCUUCCGCUGGCUGCCCACUGACCAGGAAGUUGUACGUAGGGAAAGCAGCAAGGAGCGAGAGCGGUUGAGUAGCUGAAUGCAACAUGUCUGAUGAUGAGGGUCCCCCUGUGGUGAAAAGGUCCCGCAUAUUCUAUGGCAGCCUGGCAGAUAAAGAGAAGGAGCGUCUGGCCAAGGGAGAGGCCCCGCUGGGAAGGACUGCGGUCAGGGCAGGAAUUGAUGCUGGAAAUAUUAACAUUAGCGGAGGGGAGUCGUUUGACUUGGAGGAGCACAUCAGUGAGAGGCAGGCGGAGGUCCUCGCAGAGUUUGAGCGCAGAAAGCGUGCGCGUCAGAUAAACGUCUCCACUGAUGACUCAGAGGUGAAGGCGUGUCUCCGAGCCCUUGGGGAGCCCAUUACGCUCUUUGGGGAGGGGCCAGCGGAAAGGAGAGAGCGCCUGAGGAAUGUGCUGUCAGUGGUGGGCACAGACGCCUUGAAGAAAACAAAGAAAGACGAAGAAAAGAGCAAGAAAUCGACUGACGAGUAUCAGCAAACCUGGUAUCAUGAGGGCCCCAAUUCCCUGAAAAUGGCUCGUCUGUGGCUCGCACACUACUCUCUCCCUCGGGCCCUGAAGCGGCUGCAGGCUGCACGAGAGAAUCGGAGUAUCCCAGAAUCCACCAGAACUUCCCAGAAACAGGAAGUGAAUAAAUCACUGCAGUCCCUGAACAAUUUCUGCAGCCAAAUCGGAGACGACCGGCCGCUGUCCUUCUGCCACUUCAGUCCGAACUCCAAGAUGUUGGCCACGGCCUGCUGGAGUGGACUUUGCAAGUUAUGGUCGGUGCCAGACUGCAACCCGAUCCGAACCCUAAGAGGGCACAACACAAAUGUGGGUGCCAUAGUGUUCCACCCAAAGGCCACACUCUCAUUGGAAGAGAAGGAUGUGAAUUUGGCUUCCUGUGCAGCUGAUGGCUCCGUCAAACUGUGGAACCUGGAGAGCGAUGAGCCCGUGGCUGAUAUUGAAGGGCACUCUGUGAGGGUGGCGCGAGUAUCUUGGCAUCCUUCUGGAAGGUUCCUGGGCACCACUUGUUAUGAUCAUUCCUGGAGACUGUGGGACCUGGAAGCCCAAGAGGAAAUUCUGCACCAGGAGGGACACAGCAAAGAGGUGUACGACAUAGACUUCCAUUCAGAUGGGUCACUGGCUGCCACCGGGGGCCUCGAUGCCUUUGGCAGAGUUUGGGAUCUGCGCACUGGCCGCUGCAUUAUGUUCCUGGAGGGGCACCUCAAGGAAAUCUACUCCGUCAACUUCUCCCCCAACGGGUACCACAUUGCUACUGGGAGUGGAGACAACUCGUGUAAAGUGUGGGACCUGCGGCAGCGCCGUUGCAUUUACACCAUCCCUGCUCACCAGAACCUCGUCAGCUCCGUCAAGUUCCAGCCCACCAGUGGGAAUUACCUGCUGACCGGCGCCUACGACAACACGGCCAAAGUGUGGACACACCCCCUGUGGGCGCCAUUAAAGACUCUCGCUGGCCACGAAGGGAAAGUCAUGGGACUGGACAUUUCAUCAGACGGAGAACUAAUCGCCACCUGUUCCUACGACAGAACCUUCAAGCUGUGGGCGGCCGAGUCCUAAUAUCACCCCCCACAGUGACUCUUCAGGGUGUUCAGAUAAUUGAAUGAAUUGCUUCUAAAUCCCAACUGCCAGGCGUGUGGCCCUCCUGUUACGUCUCCCAUAUCCUCCUGUUGUUAAACUACAACCUCCAUAUCCUCCUGUUGUUAAACUACAACUCCAGUAUCUUCCUGUUGUUAAACUACAACUCCCAUAUCCUCCUGUUUUUAAACUACAACUCCCAUAUCCUCCUGUUAUUAAACUCAACCUCCAUAUCCUCCUGUUGUUAAACUAAAACUCCAGUAUCUUCCUGUUGUUAAACUACAACUCCCAUAUCCUCCUGUUAUUAAACUACAACUCCCAUAUCCUCCUGUUAUUAAACUACAACUCUUUAAUCCUCCGUACAGUGGAAGGCCACAUGCCUGGCUUCUCUAAUACCAGAACUGUUGGUGCUGGGGGGCCCCUGCACUAAUGAGAUGUUUUGUUACAAAUAUUUUGUUUUUAUAUUCCAUUAAAAUAAUUUCCUUCUU